UGUAAGCGCGGCGGCGAUUGGCGGCUGAGCUCCGAGAGGGACGCGCAGCGGGGACGGCAUGGCCGGCGCUGAGAGCUGGCGGCCUCCGCGGCCGUGCGAGGACUACUGGUGGGAGUGGAAGCACUGUCGAGGGCUGCGGCACGCCUUCCACCACUACUACGCGCACGGAGAGCUGCCCGCCUGCGACCGCUGGCGAGACGACUACGCCGCCUGCCGCGCCUGGGAGAACGAGCGCGCCACCGCCGCGCGGGAGGCGCUGUGCGAGAGCGAACGAGCGCGCGUCCUGGAGCGGAAGAAGCACGGCGCGGUGUGGACGCUGCGGAGCAGCCCGCCGCCCGACUGGCACCGCCCGCUGCAGCACGGCGCGGCCAAGUAGCGGCGCUGCCCGCGGGGCUCUGCCGUCACUGCCGCAGCUCCGCCCCGCGCCGCUGCCCGCCCGCACUACAGUUCCGGUCAGAAAACUUACUAAUAAACACCCGCUGUGGUGCGGAGUCAGGCGCUGAGUUUGAUUCGGGUUCCUUGCGGUCGCUCGGCUCUCAUUGCAGCAGCUCCGCAGCCGGCACGGCUCGGCGCACGGCCAGGUGGGGACGUGGAACGGAGCUGGGGCCGCGUCCCGCCGGCACGGUGCCGGCACACUGCGUUCGGAAAGCAUUGCCUGGUUCGGCCCUGCCGUGUGUGAGAGCUCCUCGGCGCCGGGAUGGCGCUGCGGGCUGAAAUACGGCUGCCGCUGGAGAGCAUUUCUUGAACAGCAGCGUGCCUUCCUUCUAUUUACUGUGAAAAUAAAGGUUUCAAUGACCGGAGUGAGAUCUGCUUUGGCUUAGGGCAAACGUUAUCCGAGGCUUACUCAGUUCUUUACCAGGUAAUAAGGAAGCUAUUUUUCCCUUUGACAAGGGAAAAACUUUCCAUCAGUUUUUCCUCUGUUUUAUUAAAAACCACUGAAAUCUGAAGCAAAAAAAGGCAGUGAUCAGUCAGCUACUGCCUCCCUGCUGGUGCGGUCUCGUAAUGACUGCCACGUUCCUCCCUUGCAUUUUAAGAGCCUUUAUAUCUGUGGUUUGUGCAGAGCAAAACACUCCUCAGGAGCACGUGGAGAGAUGAGGCACAGCUCUGCUCGAUGUUUUAUUACUUUUUUUUAUUAUAGCUUGGCAGUUUUAAAAAAAAUCAAAUACACUUAGAGAAUUUUCUUUGUUUUUACAGUCAUGCACCUACUGUGUUUGAGCAUGCCAAAGGAACCAGUAGCUCUCACUCCCUUCUUCAGUCAGCCGAGCAGCUUAUGCCAGGUGAACAACAAACGCCAUCACUGCGUGUACACUUUGGUGAUAUCGAUGCACUUUCCUUCAGGAGGAUCAUAACCAGGAAGUGCUGGGGUAUAAUCAGGCCCAUCUCUCUCAAAGGGGAACAGCUCCUCGUCCCGUCUGAUGGCUGCCUGGUAGAGCUCCUCAGAUUCCAGGCGCAGUUCUUUUAGUGCCUCUUGCUGAGCUUCUACAAGGCUCCGAAUUGCUUCCUUCUCUGCCUUGUCUUGUUGCUGCUUAUACAGAGACCACUUUUUCAUAAGUAAAACUCUUCUUUCGGUUUCCUCAAAUGAGAGAGGAGGAAGGCUUCGCACCCUGAUGGGGAGAAAUGUGACACUAACAGGGAAAGUGCCCGCACCUCAAAAAGCAACACAAGAACCACCACCACCACUCACCGUACAUCUAAAAAAACUCAGAAUAUAUUUCUCUCACACUGUGCCUGUCUUGGAGGCUUUCCACAGGCAUUCCAACAGCACAUUCACAUGACUAUGUUUCAGUUUUUUAGCAGAAACAAAUGAUAUUUACUUUCCACGAUUUUGUCAGCGGCACCUCACACAAAGGCUGGCACUGCACUGCAGCGUGGUGGAGAAAGAAGCAGAGGUGUGUUUGCACCACGAAUGCAAGCUCAAGGUGACAGGCAGUCUUACUUACCUGUUGCUAUCUGAAAACUUCAGUGGGGUUUCAAAAUCCUCAAUGGGAAUCAGUUCUGGAGCAGCUUUUUCCAACUUUUUAAUCUUCUUUUUCACACGAUCCUUCUGUGCUUGCUCUCUCUUUGGAUCCACUUUCUUUUUUUUCUUUGGUUGUGCUCUAGCAAGAUAAUUACAUGAAUAAAAGAAGAUAUC